ACAGGAAGAACAUCAGCAGCUUCAGUGUCUUCCAGAAGUUUCCUCCACGGGUUAUAGCUCAGCGUUCACACACGGACAUGACAGUAUGAGAACAGUAUUUCGUGACAUUUAGGUCAGGUCGUUUCUUUUUUUUCUCUCUCUCUCUCUCUCUCUUCGUCUCAGCUCGGUGGAUAUUACCGGGACGUGUCAAGUAGAAGAAGCCGUCGUUGGGUGUUAGCUAGCCCCGCUGUUUUCCGCAGCAUUGACCGUAGCGGUGACACCUGCGCCAGAGUUGCGGAUCUAACACACACACACACACACACACACACACACACACACACACAAUGGACAUGCAGCUGGAUGUCCGGCCUUGAACACAGCCUGAAGCUUCCACACUAUUAACAAUGCUUUUAUGACUCGGAAGAACACACUGACCGCUAAUAGUAAUGGGUAAAGACUACUACAAAGUGUUGGGAAUAGCCAAAGGUGCUACCGAGGAUGAGAUCAAGAAAGCGUACAGAAAGCAGGCCCUGCGCUACCAUCCCGACAAGAACAAGUCCCCAGGAGCUGAAGACAAAUUUAAAGAGAUUGCUGAAGCCUAUGAUGUCCUCAGUGAUGCCAAGAAAAAGGAAAUAUAUGAUCGUUUCGGAGAAGAAGGACUGAAGGGGUCUCCUGGCGGUGGAGGCAGAGGACAUACCGGUCCGAGCUACAACUACACCUUCCACGGAGACCCUCACGCUAUUUUCGCCGAGUUCUUCGGCGGUCGCAGCCCAUUCGAUCAUUUCUUCACCCAGAAUGGCGAGGAGGAUAUGGACAUUAACGACCCCUUUGCUCCUUUUGGCAUGGGGGGCAUGGGCGGCAUGGGCGGGUUCCAGAGGUCCUUUAAAUCCCAUCCUGGAGGCCCUCGCAGAGCACACGAAAAAAAGAAGGAUCCGCCUGUAGUUCACGAGCUGAAGGUGAGCCUCGAGGAGGUCUUCUCUGGUUGCACCAAAAAAAUGAAGAUUUCCCGUAAGAGACUGAAUCCAGACGGCUGCACGAUGCGCAACGAGGACAAGAUCCUAACAGUUGAUAUCAAACGAGGUUGGAAGGAAGGAACAAAGAUCACCUUUCCACGAGAGGGAGAUGAAACUCCCACCAACAUUCCUGCAGAUGUGGUGUUUGUGGUCAAAGAUAAACCUCAUCCGGUGUUUAAAAGAGAGGGCUCGGAUAUAAUCUACCCUGCAAAAAUAUCACUCAGAGAUGCGUUGUGUGGCUGCACGGUCAAUGCCCCCACGCUGGACGGCCGGACCAUCACUGUGACCUCCCGAGACGUCGUCAGACCUGGAAUGAAGAAGCGCAUCGUCGGGGAGGGGCUGCCGCUCUCCAAGUGCCCCGAGAAGAGAGGGGAUAUGAUCCUGGACUUUUCCGUGAAAUUCCCUGAAAAACUGGGCCAAAACACCCGCGACACACUCAGGCAGAUUCUCCCACCGUGACUCCAAAGCUCCUAAAAAGCAUCCACACUUCCACUGUUACACGUCGGACUGCAGAGACCCGGGGCAGGUUUAUGAGUUUCAGCUGAUUUAAACGACUACAGGAGUGUCUUACGACGAGGAAAUUAACAGGACAGUCGACUUUUAUUUAUACACCUGAAAUGUAGGUACAGGAUCAGUGUUAACAGUCGA